AUGGUGACCACAUCGUCUCGUACCAAAACAAGCGGCCCUGUGCUUCGUUCCCAAUCGCCGUCGGGUCGGUUUUGCGGCGCUUACUCGAAAGCCGUUCCGUCGUCUUCUUCCUCAGCGUUCGCUUCCUCUACGAGCUCAAGCUUCUCGUCUCCGUCUACAGCUUUCUUCAGCAACCACCGUCACAACCACGAGAAUCACAGUCACCACCGAUCUGCGUCGCCGACUCGCGUGAAUCUAUUCACGGCGCAGCCGAUGGCUCAGUCGUUCCGGUAUGCUCUCGACAGCAGAUCCAUUUCUCCUACUAACCGAUCCAUCUCCGUUUCGAAGAAGCAGCAGCCGACGAGCAGUCCCGAGACGAGAAGGAGGUGUAUGUGCUCUCCGACGACUCAUCCCGGAUCUUUCCGGUGUAGUCUCCAUAAGAACGUCGCGAAUCCACACGGCCAAGGCGCAGCUUCGUAUCCGACCAACAGUCUGAAUAUGCGCCGGUCGGCAAUGACGAAUUCUCUGGUGAGAAUCGGCGGCGUGGAAGGAGAGUGGGUGAGAAGAGCCUUGACGACUCUGAUUCGACCUUCGUCGCACCAUCUGAAACGGCGAGCAGCGUAUCAGCCUCGUCCUAGCAGGCUCUCGAUCAUGUCGAAAGCCGAUGAUAAUUGA